AUGAGCUCGGCCACUACUGUUGUUCCCUUUCCCGCGGGACACCGCGUCUUCGUCUACGGUUCGCUCCGACCAGACAUCAACGCCAGCAUUCACCAGCGAUUCAUGGGCAAGUGCAUCCCGGUUGGACCAGCUUACUACCAAGGACGCAUGUAUAUCGUCGACAAGCGCACGGAAGAGGAGCAGCUGCUGGGCCUGAAGGAGACCACCGACGUGUCGGUCCCGUCCGAGGUGCGGAAGUACCCGGCCGUCGUGCCUUCCGACGAUCCCGCCGAGCGUGUGCAUGGCAUGCUCUUCGAUGUGCCCGAUGAGCACAGAGACGAGGUGCUGCGAGGAUUGGACGAGUACGAGGAUGCGGUGGGCAUCCCCGAGGGCCUCGCCGAGUACCGACGGGACCGCGUCACCGUGCGCAUGGGCCAGGGUCACGUCCACGAGAACGUGGAGGUCGAGAGCUGGAUGUACGUGUGGGCCAGAGAGGUCCACACGCUCGCGCGAGUGCACGACGGCGACUACCGAUCGGUCUACGUCCUGCGCGCCGACGCGGAGGAGAGCGCGUCGCUGCCCCAAGCGUGA